CAUUAUCAGAUUCGGUAUUAAUAAUGAGAGCGUGAUGGGAGAUUACAUUUGGGGUUUGAUACGAGAAAGUCCAUACGAAAAUAGAAGAAGUACGAAAAAUAUUCGUUUUUAAACUUUGUUUAUCAAUUCUUUUACAUUUCUAGUUUAUCAUUGAUUAUUAUUUUUGAAUAAAUGUGACUUAAGCGUAGAACUGAAGUUCGCUUGAUUGUUAUUUCCAAUAAAUGUUUGAGAAAAUCGGUGAUUUUUCUUAAAAUUGUAAAUAUCCUUCUGGUUUCUACAGAAACAAACUUUAUUAUUACUGACAUAGAAGAAAUCAAAAUUUGACAUCUACGACCCAGACUCAAAAUUGGUGUUAACCGGUGUUAUGCAUCGAUGUAUUGUGCACAAAUUGCACUGAUUUUGGGAAAUACUGUCUUUGUUCUUUUCGAUGAGAUUAACACUUUAAGACGUAUUGAUAACAAAUAAAGAAACAAAAGUUUACCGAAGGUUUGAAUCGAAACUUCUCACCGGGAACCCCGCUUCUUCUUUUACAAGUUAAUUCCAAGAUUUUGCAUAAUAACAGCAUUAUAUGUACCAAUCAGUUAAUAGUCAUGACAUACCCGUAAGGAAAAAUAUUGUCGUCGUCAUGAUUAAAAUAAUCCCUCCUUGCAAACAUCGUGAAUGUUUUUUUCAGUAUACUAAAUUACUUUUUUACCAUGUUUUCCUGCAUACUCUGGAAACUCAACUGUCUUUUCCUUGAAGAUAAAAAUUGUCGCAAAAAUAUUUUGUUAUCCAACGUGACGCGUUUAAUGUGCAAAAUAUUGAUCUACUAAUCCGGAAUCAGUUCCAUAACGUCUUCUGUUUAGUCCGUGGCAGUGGUUGACAGGUUGAUAAAAAAAGAAAAAAAAACAGAUCAUACGAAUCUGUGACGUUGACAAACUAGCCUGUGAAUUAACGGAUUGAAAAAAAAAAUCUCAGCUUACACCGAUGUCCAGAUAUCGAUAAAUUUCGUUGAUUAUGUACCUACCAGUCGUAGUUUAUUAAUUUUUUUCGUUUUACGUUCACUGUCAUUUCUGCCCGUCAGGUUGACUUACAAUAAUACCACAUGUACACGACCAGCUAGUAUUUCAUACGUGUAUCACGAAGAUAGCAGGCCUGUGCAUCAACGACGGAGUUCUUGGUGCUCGAGCCACGUGGCUGAUGAUAAAAUUUACGAGCCUGAAGACCUAAACGGUGGAUUUUAACUUUGUUUGUAGAUACAACAACACUGCAGCGUAUUCCUCACUCACUGUAAACGCGUCCUGAAUACUUUUACACUGUUUGGCCUUUAUCAAGCACUUGACGCAAGCAUCUAUUUCAUGGACGACUCAUUGUGCCGAAGAAAACGAACGAAUUCUGCCCAUUUCCAUGUCCAUGCAACGUCAAUGGCGAUUCAUUACGUUCAUCAGCGAAGAUUCGUGCACUGUUUGUCUGAUUAACUAUAGGGAGAGAGACUUGUUCUUAAUUAAGGCGACCGGGUUUCCGCGCACUUGAACGACUUAAUCCGUUUAUACGGUCGAUUCAAUCAAUUCUUUGCCACUGUCUGCGGUACUCGGUUCAUCAGAGAUUAGUCUCAUCGCAAAGCGUUGUAACUCACGCGUACUAUAGAUUGCAUCAAAAAUAAAACGAUCAUAAUUGUUAAUCUAAAAAUCACAUUAUCUACAUGUCAGCUGCACACUCUGUGAACAUGAAAGCGAGAUAAAGAUUAUGUAUGAGAUUUGAACGGUGGGGGAAGAUGUAAUCAGUCGUAUUUAUCAUAGAUGCUUAAGUUCCGUAGAACCGACAGUUCGAUGGCAUGCGUUAACAGGAUGCCAUUGUUCCGAAUUACUUAGUUUUAGACUUAUAGAUACAUACAUAUACAUACUGCAAAUUUAUUAUUUACCAUUCGUAUUCCGAAACUACAUAAAAAUUUAUCAUUUUACUUUUAUGGUGAUAAUUUGUUUUUCUUCCCUUUUCACCGUUACUUCUUGUUAAUUUCACCUGUUUCGUUCAAUUCACACGCCUCGUUAUGGAUUUUCGUGCUUUCGUUUGGAGUGUAUUCUUCACCCUCGUUACGUCCGGUGUUUUUGCGGCAGCUGCGGUUGAUUUCUCGGAUUACGACGAUGCUCGGAGUGUAAUUCGCGACGGGUUCCAGGCCUUCACCGACUACGCAGACACGACCGAGGUAACGACGUCCGAAAAUUGUACGGAGAGAUCGUUCUAUGACUUUCCGACCGACUUGUUCACGAGAGCACAGCGGGAACAGGGAGCUGCCGCACUCCAUUUUUUUGCCGGCGUAUACGCAUUUUUCAUGGUCGCCCUUGUCUGCAACGAUUACUUCUUGCCGUCCGUUGAUUGCAUUUGCACGGAUUUGAAGAUCAGCCGGGAUGUGGCAGCCGCCACUUUCAUGGCUACUGCGACAUGCACACCCGAACUCUUCGUAAAUCUGAUUGGAACUUUCCUUACCGAAUCUGACCUUGGAAUUGGGGCCGUAGUCGGAUCCGGUGUAUUCAACACUUUCGGGGUUGCUGCUUGUGGCGGCUUGGCCGCAGUUGGGGGUAUUCAAAUGGAAUGGUGGCCGCUAUCUCGAGACUGCAUCAUCUAUUCGCUGUCCAUCGCACUGUUAGCAACAAUGAUGUGGGACGGUAUCAUUACAUGGCGUGAAGCUACCUUACUGAUGGUCCUGUACUUCGUUUACUUCAUCAUUCUCUUUUGCGACAAGGCGACCUCGCGUUGGGCUAAUCAAUGCAUCGAAAAGAUUACGAAGAAGAACAAGACUCUCGCAGAAACGCCCGCCAAGGAUAUUCCGGAGAAAAAUGAGACCUUCGGUACUUAUCGGCCGUAUUUUCACGGCGAGUUGGUCAUCGAAUACAGACACAGUCUGUCCGUAAGAACGUCGAUGGCUAAGCCACCGACCAACGGAAUUUCGAUCAAAGUAAUCGAGGCCGCUGAGCCGGUCGAGGAGUAUGUGGAACCAGGCACACCGUUCACCAUUCCGAAAAGAUCACUGCCCGGAAAGAUGUGGUGGUUCUUUCUGUGGCCGCUCCGUUUGCUGCUAUUCGUCACCGUUCCGGACUGCAGAUAUAAAAGAGUGAGAAAAUUUUACCCACUCACGUUUUUCAUGUGCAUAUUCUGGAUCGCGGUGACGUCGUACAUCGUUUCUUGGAUGAUAACGGUGGUAGGCGACACGAUAGGAAUCGCGGACGCUGUUAUGGGACUCACGUUUUUGGCCGGUGGAGGAAGUUUGCCGGAAGCGGUGUCCAGUGUGAUAAUGGCCAGACAAGGCGACGGUGCGAUGGGCCUGAGCAACUCGAUCGGAGCAAACACUCUCGACAUUCUUCUUUGUCUGGGUCUGCCGUGGCUGAUAAAGACCACGGUACUGGGAACGAACAUUGAAAUAAUAUCUGCGACGCUUAAUUACAGUUUUCUCACCCUGAUGGUGACCGUGGUAUUGCUUUACGGCGUUAUUGCGGCGAGUGGUUAUCGGCUGAACAAGAAGGUCGGGGUCGGUUGCGCCGUCAUGUACAUCGCAUUUUUGGUCUACGCGGUUCUCCUCGAGUCCAACGUCUUCUUCUUCGUCAACUGGCCAAUGUGUGACGCGACAGAUUGAAAUUUCAGCCGAGACACGCGUGUACAGCGGUGACAAAUCUGUGAAGGAAAAACUACGACCACUCCAGCUGUAGUGAUUUGUCUUUACAGCGUUCCCCGAUCCCACCACGAGCUUGAAACUCGCUCCUCUUUUGCCGUGUGGCUCUAAGUCGAGGAACCCGAAAAGGGCUGGAAUCGUUCUGCAGGUAUCCAGUGCUGGAAGGUCGGUCAAAUCCUGCGGUCCGCAAUGGUUGAGAAACGAACUUGGCAGACCAAGUUCUCUUAUCCUUUAUGUUAUCUCGUACCUCGUUACAUUUGUCACCUGAUCCCCCUGGUCCAUUCGGUCACGUUUCAGCUGUCAUUUAAUCCUUAUCCACGAAUUUCCUUCGACUCUGCGCUGCCUUCUAGUCUACGUCUCUAAUUGCCCUUCUCUGUAAUUCCGAGGUAAUGCACUUCGAUCAGCCGUGCUUUUCACUGAUCGUGUAUCUCACGCGUAUGGCAGCGGUGUACGUUUCAUAUAUUUAAGAAUAAAACGUCUCCCUACAUUUUUAUUUCGUAAUGUUUUAAGAAUGGUCAUAAAAUUCAAAAUAAUUAUGAUAAUAAUGAUAUCAAUCUAAAAUGACGCGGAAAUAAUCUUAACUGAUAAAUACUCUAUGAAAAAUUUAAGAAUAGGAAUAAAAGUUAUACGAUCAACCGCCGUGUGUAUGUGUAGAACAAUUGUGAGACAGUAAUUUAUUUUUAUACAUUGUGAUGAAAAAUGUGCUUUCACAAUAUUGUGCAGGACAAGUCGAUUCAAUGUUUCGAGUAAGCAUUGUGAUGUAUGUAGCUAAUAUUAAUUAAUAUCAAUGCGGUAAGAAUAUAGAAUAAGUCUGUAUAUAAGGAAUUGUUUCGUCGGACAAAUAUAUCACUCUUCGGGUGUACUGUGAAGAUGAAGGAGACUCGAUUUUAAUUCACAAGACAACUAGUACCUAUGCCUCGUUUGUCCGUUUGAAAAAAAUUCUAAAGCUUACUUUCAACC